AUGAAGAAAAAUUAAAUUAUAAUAAAGAUUUAGAAUAAAAACUAAUAGAAGUAAAAAGAAGCAGUAACGACAAAGAAUAUGCAAUUUAAGAAUUACAAAGAAGAAUCAAACCUAUUCAAAAAAAGAAGGCUAAAUAAUUAAAAUAAUUGA